AGGCGAUCGAUCUUUGUUUCUGGUUUGACUGUUACGAAACGACGAAGCAUUUCAUUUGAUUCGUUGGGGAUCUGAAUGGCGACGAGAAAUCGCACUUUGCUUUUCAGAAAGCACAGAGAUGCAUUGAAGAGUGUUCGGGCUCCCUCCUUCUCUUCGCCGAAGUCCGCCGCUUCUUCCGCCGCCGGUGGCCCCGUCAUUGAAUUGGUCAGUACCUCGCUUCUCAAUCCCAAUCGCUCCUACGCUCCGCUCAGUACCGAGGAUCCCGGCAAUUCGAGUAGGGGUCAAAAUGCAAUUACUGUGGGACUACCUCCAGCGUGGGUGGAUUUAUCAGAAGAAAUAUCAGCAAAUGUGCAACGUGCACGCACAAAAAUGGCAGAGUUGGCCAAGGCUCAUGCAAAGGCUUUGAUGCCGUCCUUUGGAGAUGGAAAGGAAGAUCAACACGCUAUUGAGACUCUUACACAUGAGAUAACUGACUUAAUAAAGAGAUCAGAGAAAAGACUACGGAGACUUUCUGCUACUGGGCCUUCUGAGGAUUCCAAUGUCAGGAAAAAUGUGCAGCGUUCUCUUGCUACUGACCUUCAGAACCUCUCUGUAGAGCUCCGCAAGAAACAAUCAACUUAUUUAAAGCGCCUCAGACAGCAAAAAGAGGGUCAAGAUGGAGUUGAUCUAGAGAUCAACUUAAAUGGAAGUAAAUCCAAAUAUCAAGAUGAUGACUUGGAUAAUAUGGUAUUUAAUGAACAUCAGAUGGCCAAGCUGAAAAAAAAUGAAGCAUUCACAGUAGAAAGAGAAAAAGAGAUCCAACAGGUUGUGGAAUCUGUGAACGAGCUUGCGCAGAUUAUGAAGGAUUUAUCAGUACUAGUCAUAGACCAGGGAACCAUUGUCGAUAGAAUAGACUACAACAUUCAGAAUGUUGCAACCACAGUUGAGGAUGGCCUUAAACAACUGCAGAAGGCGGAGAGAACUCAGAAAAAGGGGGGCAUGGUAAUGUGUGCUACUGUGCUUCUCAUCAUGUGCUUCGUCAUGUUGGUUCUCUUAAUCAUUAAGGAAAUUAUUUUGUGAUCCACGGUGAUAUUCAAUUUAUUUUUAAUAUUUGGUCACAUCUCAUUGGUGUGACAUUUCAUUUGACACCAAUGUUCCCUGCCUACUCGGACAUAGUAUUGCAGCUUGUCUUUCGAGGAGACCAAGAAGUUUUGCAGUAGACAAGCAUACUUUUUGUUUUGUUUUGUUUUGUUGUAUGUAGAGACCAUAUUAAUUCUUUUGCAACUGGGGAGGUAGAGUGGAGUAGGUGUCUUAGAGGCACAAGCAUUUUAGAGAUUGGUGUGGUAUAGUAGGAAAGGAUACACAAGGUCAGAAAAUGUAUAGAGCGUUUGUAUGAACAUCUACUUAAAACAUUAUUUGCCUACGGAACCGUGUGCUUUGUUCCUUUUCAUACAUUCUCUUUUCUUUGUUUGAUGAAACCUGCGGAAUUGGGUGCUUA